AUGACCGCGACAACCAACCAAGCUGCCUGGCUGGUCAAAGCCGGGAGCCCGCUUGAAGUCGGCGACGCCCCGAUGCCCUCUCCCCGACCGGGCGAGAUCGUGGUGAAGAAUGCUGCGAUUGCAAUCAACCCCCUCGAUACCCACAUGCAGGACGUCGGCGUCUUCGUCCAGGAAUGGCCCGCAAUCAUCGGCUGCGAUGUUGCAGGUGAAGUCUAUGAAGUUGGCCCUGAUGUAACACGCUUCAAGAAAGGUGAUCGCGUUGCUGGACACGCCAUUAACCUGACCACUGGCCGUCCUCAAGACGGCGCAUAUGCGCUGUUUACGGUUGUCCCCGCCGAGAAAGCCGCUAUCCUCCCAGAAUCAAUCUCCUUUACCGAAGGGGCCGUCCUACCUUUGGCCUUAGAGGCAGCCAUCUGCGCGCUCUGCCUAAGGAUCCCCGGGGAAGCGCUCCCAGGUGUCCCCACACCAGCACUAAGCCUACCGUACCCCUCGCUCGACGAGAAUGCCAAACCAACAGGUAAAGCGCUAAUCAUCUACGGCGGCACCUCGGCAGUCGGAUCCAUGACAACCCAAAUCGCGACUGCGGCUGGAAUCCAUGUUAUCUCCAUCGCAGGCAAAGACAACUUCAAACUCAGCAAGACUUGCGGCGCAGUGGCAGUCAUCGAUUACAAAGACACCGAUGUCGUCGCGCAAGCCGUCGACGCUGUUAGGAGAUCAACCCUGGAAUUCAUCGGUAUUUUCGAUGCGAUCUCUACGUCGUCAACCUACGCGCACGACAUUGAGAUUCUAGAAAAAUUGGGUGGCGGCCACCUCGCGGCUGUGCAUCCGCCUCCAGCCGAAGUGCCGGAGAAUGUGAAAGCGGGCAUGAUCUUCGCUGUUAAUGAGGUCGCGGCGCCGGUCUGGCGGGAGUAUGUUACGCCGGCGUUGAAGAGUGGGAGACUGCAGUGCCUGCCCAAGCCGAUUCUCGUCGGCAAGGGGCUGGGGAGCAUUCAGGGUGCCUUGGAGAAGAUGCGCGAGGGGGUUAGCGCGGGGAAGAUUGUUGUUGAGUUGUAG